CAACCACCCCAGCAGGAGUCACGGUAAGUAAAAUUAAAGCGCCUGAUCUUUUGACUACAUAGAUCGAUAGAUUGAUUGAUAGUGGAUAUGCUCGCUUCAGACGAAAUCUUUCGCCGGAAUUGGGAACGCAUUCGCGAAGUCGACUUCGAUUUGAAAUCUAAAACCAAUCUGUAUCAUGCUAUAAUCGACCUUAGUGGCCAACCCUCUUACGACGAAAUUUGGUAUAGAAAGGAUGGCGGCGAACUGUAUGUCAAGAUACAUGAUGUGCCUGGAACUUUGUCAGGAGAUAUUCUUCGACUUCUUGCCCCGCUCCCAUCUUUAUCAACACACUCCGAAAUUAAAGGCAACUCAAUCCAGUCCAUUCCUGAUACCCCUCUUGUAGAUGUAAAAGGUUUUGAGUUUCCUGACCAAGAUACUUCGACUGUUGUUCUCGGACUUCCCAUCACAACAUUUAACGAGGCCAUACAUUUUGCAAAGACGUCACGCUGCCUUAGCGAAGUGCCUAAUCUCUUACGAGCCAAAGGAGGACCACAUAUCGUCGAGCUUUUAGGAAGAACUGAAGACGGUCUUUUGGUUUUUCCCAGGUACCUCGAUAGUAGGGCCUCCUCUGUACUCAAAGGUGCCGACUUAAGUAUUGCCUGGCUUAGACGGGUACUCCUCCAACUCGCCGAGGCUCUCGUAUUCCUACACGGUCAAGGGAUCAUCCAUCGCGAUGUUGCCUACAGAAACGUCCUAAUCUCUAAGGACCGACAGGACGUCUAUCUCUGCGAUCUCGAAGGUGCGAUUGGCAGUGACAUUUGUCCAGAAAUAAUUGCAGCCGGUCAAGUACCGCCAACUCAGCGACCGUACACGGACAAAAGUGACGUCUACAUGUUUGGAAUUACUUUAACCGAUUUCAUUCUUGGGAACAGUACCAUGAAUAGGUGGUGUUAUACCUCUCAUUGGGUACCACCUGCACCCUUCGAUGUAAUUGCUCAGGCGUGCCUAAAAACGGCCCCACAUGAGCGCCCUAGUAUGAUGGAGAUUCGAGCAAUGCUUGAAGCAAUCCCUGUUUCAACUUGAGCAUAAAUGCUAGCUACCUGCCUGAUUGUGUAGUGCUUGCCCUCGAUUCCCGUGUAUUAGCAUGUAUAUACCUAGUCCAAAGAUGUCAUCGGAAUGUAAGGGCUA